AUGACAGUCGCAACAAAAUUGAAUGAGCAGCCGUCGCCGAAAGCAGGCGAUGGUCGCCUUGCGUUGUCUGCCGCUGAUUAUCCCGGUAUAGAUCCUGAAUGGGUUCGUCUUUGGAACGAACAUGGCGGGGGGAUGACAAGGGCCGAUGAGGUUACAAUUGAACAGUACCGAGAAUCUCCAGCGCAAUACAGUUUUACGUAUCCCACUUGCAAAGGUCCGGACGUCUUCCAUGUCGAGGAUCGCAAGGUUCCGGUUACACAGCCAUCUGGGGAGAUCACCGUGCGGGUUUACUCCCCUGAAGGACCAGGGUCUUUUCCUGUGCACCUCAAUUUUCAUGGCGGUGGGUGGGUUCUGGGAGGACUCAAUAGUGAGGCCGCGUGGUGUCGUCACAUCUGCAAUAAGUCCAAUAUUAAGGUCAUUGACGUUGACUACCGUAUGGGACCCGAACAUAAGUUCCCGGCCGCCAUAUACGACUGUUGGGACACUGUGAAAUGGGCCAUCAGGAACGCAGCAGACUUGAAAAUUGACCCUUUGAGCGUUUCGUUCGGAGGUCUUUCAGCUGGUGGACAAAUGUCAGCUGUGCUAGCCCACUUUGCCAGAGACGAAAGUAUUCCGAUCAAGUUGCACAUGAUGAUCGUGCCAGCUACGGAUAUGAGAUAUUGCCAUCGCAAGUUUACCCAGCUCAAUGAGUCGAACUGUCCGUACGAGAGCGCUCGUCUGUACCACGACCUCCCCUGGGGACCACUCGGACGAGAGCAAUGGUUUUUGAAAUACUGGCUAGGGGACGACGACGAUCAACAGCAAAAGUGUCUUGACGAUUGGAGGCUCACGCCGGUGUUGGCGCCGAACUUGAAGAACCUGCCACCAGCUCACAUAAUCACGGCCGAAUUCGAUUUGGAGAGGGACGAAGGAGAAUAUUACGGGAAACUGCUCAGAGAUGCGGGCAACGAGGUUUCGAUGAAACGUUACGCCGGAGUUCCUCAUGCGUUUGCACACUAUAACCACCCUCAGAGAGGUCUCGCCAAGAGUUUUGAGUUCAUUGACGAUACCGCCGAGUUGCUCAAGUCUACUCACUACGGGGACAGAAAGUAA